AGCACUUUACCUGUCCUGGAUUGCAGGUAUCAGCUCGUCCCAUUACAGAAGACAAAUAAUCAUAAAAUUAAAUUGACUCCUUGUAGGAGGAGGUGCACCUCCAUUGUCUCGCCUGGUACCCGCCCUCAUUUGGACCUGAACCAGUCUCCUUGGAGAUUUGAUCCUACAGCAGACUCAGCUGAAGUCAKUUUGUCCGAGGAGAACUGGGUCACAUUUGAACAUUUUUAGAGUUUGAGUGCUCCUCCUCCUCCUUCUUCUUCUUUUYUUAAAUCAAAAGCUAUGAACCGACUCAACCUUCGGAGACUUUUCUCUGCCUGUGACGUGAACAACUCCGGUAAGAUUGAGUACGAGGACCUGGCGGUGGUCUGCAGGGAGCUCAGCGUCCCAGAGACGGAGGCAAACGCUCUGUUCGACAAGUUCGGCGCGCGCGAGGACGGCUUCAUCGACUACAACAAGUUCUCCUGCCGGUUUCAGGAGGUCUCGGACGCUCUGGACCUGGCGUCUUUUGGCGCUGGGAUGUCCCAAACUGGUGGGGAAGAGUUCGUGGACAGGAUAGAUGCAAACUUUCUCCUUUCUGAAAGCCUCAGAGAGCAGCUGGCUGAUUUUUACCAGGCCAUCCACUCCUCCGAAAACACGACUUCCCUGCAGGCUUUUGAGGAACUUGUCCUCUCCCUUGUCAGUCAAAGCCUGGAAAACAAACUGGAGUGCGAACAGCUGGACACCAAUCUGAAGCGAGCCGAGGAGAUGAAUAACAGUCAGCUGGCAGAGUUGGAGGACGAUAUUCMGCAACAGCUAGCAAGAACAGAGGAACGGGUCAGGAACGAGGAGCGGAAGAAAAUGGAAGGAGUCAUGGCAACCCUGCAGAGGAAGCACAGAGACGAGGUCACAGACCUGCAUGGCACAGUUGACCGACUAUUAAAGGAUCAAGAGAGUUCCGAGUGGAACCAGUCGAAGGAGGAGAUGCUCAAACUGAACAGACACAUCAGUGAACUCUCACAGGAAAACGAGCAGCUGCGAGGCUCUCUGCUCAAAGCCGAGACGAACAUCGCCGUCCUCCUGUCUGAGCUGGACAAGCUGAAGAACAUGCACGCAGACCAGAAAGCUCAACAUGAACGAGAAAAGGAAGAACUGAAGAGGACGGUCCUGGAACAUCAAUCAUACUCCAGUCAGAUUCAGAUGCUGCAAGAAAUGAAUAAAAAGCUSUACGACAGUAACGACGGCCUGCGCUCUGCUUUAGCCAGUCAUGCGGUUGCAGCUAAAAGAAGGUUGUCUCCCCAAAACGAAGUCCCAGCCCGAAGAAUGAAGCCGCUCCGACAGAGCACGCUCAACCACGGCAGGUCAGAGCAGAGCCCCUCGUUCUCUCGAGUGGCCACCUGGGCCGAUCGGUACCUGGAUAGCGGGCUCUCCCUGCCGACGUACGUGGCCGAGAUCGACUAUGACAGCGACGACAGCAGGAGCUCUGUGGAAACCGUGCACCACAGCUACUCCUACAUUCCUUCUGAUGUAGAGAUCUCAGAGGUGAAAUCUGAAGCUGCGGAGUCGGUGACUCCCAGCAGAGCCAGCUCCGUAGCCUCAUCCCUGCGGAGACGCCUGUCUGCCUUUUCACCAAAGCAGUUCGAGGACGACGCUGCAAAGGCCGUAGAUUCAGCCCCGAUUUACCGCGUGGUUUUAGCAGGAGACGCAGGGGCUGGGAAGUCCAGCUUCCUGCUGCGUCUGAUGCUCAACGAGUUCAGAGGAGACAUUCAGACAACGCUGGGUGUUGAUUUCCAUUUGAAGAGGAUGUUGGUGGACGGAGAGCCGACGAGUCUGCAGAUCUGGGACACAGCUGGUCAGGAAAGGUUCCGCAGCAUCGCCCGGUCGUAUUUUCGUAAAGCCCACGGCGUCCUGCUGCUCUACGACGUCACGUCAGAGAGCAGCUUUCUGAACGUCCGAGCCUGGGUGGAUGAGAUCCAGGAGUCCACGGRUGAGAGAAUGGCUCUGUGCGUCGUUGGAAACAAGGCGGACCUCCGGGAGCAGCUUCCAACAGGAAGCUGUGUCAGCACUUCACAAGGAGAAAAGCUGGCCAAGGAGUACGGUGCCUUGUUCUGCGAAACCAGCGCCAAAGAUGGAAGCAACGUAACGGAGGCGGUGCUUCAUCUGGCAAGUAUAUAUAUAUUUUUUUUGUUUUGGACACAUUGCCUCUGAGCCCUGAUCAAAUUUUUUGAUUAGUUUUUUUUCAUGUACCAGUUUAAUUUUUUCAAGUAGAUUUUCUUCUUACUGCCUCUGCAUCUGUGAUGUCAGAACAUUUUUAGAGUCAUUAAAAAUUACCCAAAUAAAAGGAACUGAGAAAAAAAAACUUUCA